GUUCACCGCUGUCACAAAGGCAUACAGUAGAUGAAGAGGUAACUUCGAACACGCACGUAAACCCGAGGAAGAGACAUGCGGAGGUUUGGAAUUUCCACGUAAUCAGAAAUGAAGCUAAAGUUUGACCGGUAGUCUUUGGUAUUUACAUCCGUCCAUUAUCUGUACCGCAUAUCCUUUGAGGGUUUGCAGAGGGAGCUGGAGCCAAAACUCACUGGCACCAAUCAGGAGGCACAACCUACACAGGUCCUUUCCCCCCCUCGUUCAACUCCACCUCCAAACAUUUCAAUGCACGGCUCUCUGCCUCCAGUGUUCAGUAUGUAUGAAAUUGUCCCCAUGACUACCGGGGAGCAGCAGGCUCCUAGCAAAUAUGGAUCCUCUCCACUUAAGAAGAAGAAACUGGCACAUGAAGGCCGACCCCUUGUGAUGGCGGGGAUGUUGGGCUGUGGUUUGGUGCUGGCUGCCGUGGUUGCUUGGUGCUACUACUCCGCAUCGAUCCGUAAAGCCCAGCUGUUCAAGACAGAGUCUUUAGACCUCAACAAGGACGGCUUUGUCAUUCGUAACCAGGCUGGGGUUGUCAUCUUCACAAUGACCUUCAGGUCUGGUACUCUGGAUCUGGACACCUGCUCAAAGGAGGGAAGUAUUCUGAGCUGCACUCAGUCGGAUUCUGGCAAGAUCAACUUCUUCAUCCAGACAAUUCGACUGAAGGACACUGUGAUGUGUUACCGUGUUCGUUGGGAGGAGCUGCAAAAUAAGCACUAUGUGGAACACACCAUGGCCUAUAAUGACUCUCACUGGUACGGAGGGGCAGAGACGGCAACACAGCACUGGCCUAUUAGGAUCCAGGGUGAGGAGGAACCACGGCCUUUCAUCACCAGUGAUGUCUACUCCAAUCGGAAGGCUUUUGGAGGAAUCCUAGAACGCUAUUGGCUGUCAUCUAAUGCAACUGCCAUCAAGAUUAAUGACUCUGUACCGUUUCAUCUGGGCUGGUCAGAGAAGGACAGGACACUCAGGUUCCAGGCCCGGUACCAGGACUCUCCCUUCAAGCCAGCACAGGGACAACAGGCCUUACCUGAGCUCAGCUAUAGAGUGUGUGUGGGGUCAGAUGUUACAUCUAUUCACAAGUACAUGGUACGUCGAUAUUUUCCGAAACCGAUCAAGGUCCCAUCUCCUGAAGUCUUCAAACAUCCAGUGUGGUCCACAUGGGCCCUCUACAAAACAUCUGUAACCCAGGAGAAACUACUCAGUUAUGCCUCUGACAUCACCAAGCACGGCUUCACAUGCUCCCACCUGGAGCUGGACGACCGCUACACUGCAGAUUAUGGAGAGUUUGACUUUGACCCGCAGAAGUUUCCGAAUGCCAGUGGUAUGUUCGAGAAACUCAGAGAGGACGGGUUUCACGUGUCACUAUGGACACAUCCUUUCAUCAACUAUGACUCCAUUAACUUUGGUGUUGCUGUGGAAAAGGGUCUGUUUGUUCGGGAGCCAAGCGGUGAACUGCCCGCUCUUGUUCGCUGGUGGAACGGUAUUGGAGGAAUCUUGGACUUCACCAACCCAGAAGCUUGUGAGUGGUACGCGUCCCAUCUGCAGACACUCAAAUCCUACUAUAAUGUGACCUCCUUCAAGUUUGAUGCAGGGGAGACAAGCUACCUCCCCCAAAAGUUUAGUACCCUUGUCUCAAUAUCUGACCCCUCCACCUUCACCCACUACUACACAGAGAUGGCAAUACCAUUCAGUGAGCGUGCAGAGCUCAGGGUGGGUUACCAGAGUCAGAACAUCUCCUGCUUCUUCAGGAUUAUUGACAGAGACUCGGUUUGGGGCUAUGAGCUCGGCCUCAAGUCCAUCAUUCCAACUGUUCUUACGAUUAGCAUUCUGGGCUACCAGUUUGUCUUACCUGAUAUGAUUGGAGGAAAUGCGUACCCCAACCGCACUGAAGGUGGUUCAGAUGAAAAAAGUGGUCUGCCAGACAGAGAGCUGUACAUUCGAUGGCUAGAGCUGUCAGCCUUUAUGCCUGCCAUGCAGUUCUCCAUACCACCAUGGGCCUAUGACAAUGAGGUAGUACAGAUAGCACAGAAGUUCACAGAGCUUCACAAGACACUGGUGGCACCAAGAGUUCUGGAGCUGGCAGGUGAGGUCCUUGAUACAGGAGACCCAAUCAUCAGGCCUCUUUGGUGGAUCGCCAUUGACGACGAGGCAGCCUAUAAGAUUGACUCCCAGUUUCUGAUCGGGGAUGACCUGAUGGUAGCUCCGGUUUUAGAACCAGGUAAGCAGGAGAGGGACAUCUACCUGCCUGCAGGACGAUGGCGAAGCUACAAGGGGGAGCAUUUUGACAAAGGCCCCAUUCACCUCACUGACUACCCUGUGGACCUGGAUGAGGUAGCUUACUUUACGUGGGUUCACUGAGGACAGUUCAUAUGCAUUUUCACAUGCAUACUGUAUGCACAUGUACAUUCUUGUAAGCACACAUGCUGAGAAAGAGCUGGGGGCUGGCUGUUUGUUUUCUAAAGGGAAAUGAUCACCGGAGAUCUGUUGCCACAACAGUGUAUGAUAUUGGUUUACCCUCAUCUCUCCUCUCACCUUCUCUUUUACCUGGGACCUCAUUGGGACCUCACAAAACGGGGGCUGAAAGCAUAUGUAUGCAGCUCCACGCGAAUGUUUGGAUCUAUAAAAAAAUUUUUUUAUUAUAUACAUUUCUGUGCCAGCAAUUUUUAAGCCUUUGUGUGCACAUGCACCUUGAGUAUGGAUCCUACCCAUGCAUUUUUAAUGAGCCCCCCUGGACUUCUGCCUGCGGGUUCUAGAAGCAGGUUUUCCAUUCUUAAGUUUGUUCUCAUCCUCAUGUGCCUUGUUUAACCAAUGAUAGAUUGUGCCAUCAGUUAAUCGACAGUCUUCCACCUGAAGGGUUUUUACAAACUAUUCUUUAAAGGCGUGAGUCUCACAUCUGAGCUGUGUUGAUCUGUUUCUGUGUGCAGUUUAUUUCAGGGCAGAGUAAAUAUGUAACUGGGGGAUAACAGAUAUGAUAAGUGUCUAAUAGUUGUUGAGUUGGUCAGGUCAGGUGCACCUCACAUUGACCCUUACAGUUCUUAAAGCUUCUGUCUUUUGGUGAACUGUCUGUCCAUUGCGGUCCAUUCCCUGCUGUUAGCAUUUCCCUCCCUCCUCCCUAUGCUACCUCCUGAACAUGCAGGGGGGGUAGUAACAUAUUCACUUACAAACAGCCAAACCUUAUGAGCAAAGAGCCACCUCUCUGUGGGCUUGUGGAUUAUGACAAAAUGCUGUGGGAUAAUCAGAGUUUCUCCUAGAUUUACUGUCGGAGCCCGAGAGACUCGUAUAACUGAUCAAACACUCUAUUGAUAGCCGUCAGAGUAUAGAGUUAUUAAAGAGACACAAUGUAGAAUUUGCUCUCAGGGUAAUGUUUUACUCUUGUAAAAUAUAAGCCGAGGUAACAUGUGCAAUUGUUGACAAGCCAAUGAUUGCAGUGAACUUCUAAUGUACAAACAACCAUUUGACAUAUGCCAUAAAAGAAGAAUAUAGUUCUUUUUGUGGCAUGGACCCAAAACCAGAAGUUACCUGCUCAGGCAUUUGAAGUCCUGAAAUCCUACAUUGUGUCUUUUUGAACUAUGUGUCUUAAAGCUGUAGUGUGUAACGUUUAAAUAUAAAUGAAUGUCAUUAACACACAUUUAAACCAUUGUCUAUUGAGUUCACACAAUGUCAAUGAAGCCAGUCAGUGCCACACAAAUCUCUCUUUGUUUGUCAAUAUACCAGUUUUCAUUGCCUGGACCAGUAACGCUAUGAUAGAAGUCACGUCACUGCAAAGCAGAGGUGUGGGGGACAAAAACUACGUCAUAGCGACUGCAGUGUUGUGGUAAAUAUUCAGAAGUCCACAAGGGGGCGGUAUAUGUUCUGUACUGGAGCUUUACCAAAAGUGUUUCACCGACAGCAGCCUUAAUUACCUAUUAAGCUAAAAUGCAUCACUUAACAUUAACUUUUCAUUGCAUUACAUUACAUUACAUUACAUUUAGCAGACGCUUUUAUCCAAAGCGACUUACAAUGGAAUCAAGUACAAUUUAGCCAGGGGUGGAAUCGAACUUCAACCAUGAUGUCUUUGGUACACAAGGUAGGGUCUUAACCACUGAGCCACUCCACCCCCCAUUGCGGUGUAUUUGUUGUUAUCUUCCUUUUAAUAUUUAUUGAAUGUUGGCAUCUGUCCGUUGAUUUAUGGACAUUAUUUGUUUAUGUAUAAAGUAAAUGAAUACGAUUUAGUUUUUAAUCUGGGAGAUACUACUUGUCAACCGUCCAGUCUGCAUGUAGUGCCACUGUCAUUUUUAUUGCAAAAUAGAUUUGUGCUUUAUCAGUUUUUAAUCUAAAUUAACAGCUCAGGGUCGGGUUGAUAGAAAUCAUUUGGAGUUUUUUAUUGUAUAACUGCUCCUGAUUUGCCUUCACAACAGAUGCUAUAUUUUAAUGUGUCAUCCAUUUCUGCCUACAGUGACUUUUCUUUGCCUUAUUAGCUGAACUAAUGUACCGUAUGCCAGCAUGAGCACCAAGAACCAGUGGGGGGUUUUUAACAACUACUUCUGCGAACAGUGACAGGCCUUGAUGUAAGUAGUGACAUUGAAGCUAUUCAGUGAGAUAUCUGCAUUCUGUGGAAGCUAUUGUUAAAGUCUGUCUAAAGUCCCAUUAUUAAGAUAUGGGACUUUAUUAUAUAUAUAAUUGUUCUGGGAUGAAAGUGUCUUUUUUUUAUUGUAAUGGUUUUGUUCAGUGAAACAGCCUUGACAAUAAGCUAUAGAUGUAAAGUCAAAAAUGUUCAAAGCUCACACGCAGCAACUUUGGCAACAUGGAAUGCAUAAUUUGGAGCAACGUCACUCAUAUGUCUCUGUGGCAGACUAUGUAUAGAGAUUAAAAGAUCAUAUGCACCGACGAUCCUCUGUGAGAGUUCAAAAUGCUCAAGGAAAUAAGUUGAAAACAACUCCAAAGCUUAAAAGUUAACUUCAAAAACUCCGAUUUCUUUUUUUACAUGACAAUGUAAUAUGCAACACUCCAUUUUAUUUGUUUAUUUAUUUGUUCAAGAUUGUUCACUGAAGGCAUCUGUGUUUAAGCCCCUGUGAACAAAAUAGACUCAAUUUUAAUGUUAAUUUUUGAUUAUUAUAUAAAAAACCUCACUAUUCGUGCAUUAACUGUUGAUUUUUAUCAGUUUGUUGGCUUAUGGAGACUGUUUGAUUCCCAGUGUGCUAUUCUCUGCUGUACCUAUAGUUUACUGUACUAUUUUAUUCCGGUCCUUUUAUAAAAUCUAUUUAAUUUUUGGCAGUUUCAAGUAAAGGGAUUAGGUUUUUGUUUUUUUUACCAAUUCAUCAUGCGUCAUCUCGGAAGAGCAAAUCGAAUGUUCUGUGGGUUUUAUUAGUUUGAAGUCAUGAGACAGUAACAGAAGGCAUGAAGCCGUCCAAAGGUCGCUGCGAAGCACAAAGACAAACACACUCCCUUUCAUUAGUAUCUCCAGUUGACGUAACCCCAACCUGCAUGUCUGUGGACUGUGGGAGGAAAGUGGAGAAAGCCCACACAGGAGGAACCUUAGUUCUGGGAUUUAAAAGAAACCAACUUGCUGUGUGGUGCCAGUGCUAACCACCGUUCUACCCUGUAUGAAACCAAUAUGUCAAAAAUCUUUUGGUCUGCAUCUAAUUCUUGGGAUUAACAAGUAACUGUAUUUGAAUGACUUACUAAUGAUUGUCCCAGGUCCUGCUGUGAUGCUCACCUUUCUAAUCAAGAGAAUAACAAAGCUAUUUUUGUUGUAAAUAGUGACGUGAAAUGCAAAACUGAAGUAAUAAACAAAUUGAAUUGUU